GCUCCUCCGGGCGCCCGGCAGCCGCUCCCGGGCCAGGAGGCGGCGGAAGAUGGUGCCCGGGGCCGCGGGCCCUGCUGCCGUUGCUGCUCCCGGCGGAGGAGGUGCUGCUGCUGCCGCCGCCGCCGCCGCCUUGGCCUGUUUGCUAAGUUUAACCAGGAAUGCCAUUCAAUUGCCAAUAUCAAGAAAAGAAAACAUACUAAGUCAGUUUUAAUCUGCGCUUUAAGAAAGGUGGUCACCAUUUUCACAGUGCCUGAAGCAGUUAUACCAGAGUGUGAGAGUUAAGCUCACAGAAGCCAGAGAAAUCAUCAUGAAGUUAUAUGUAUUUCUGGUCAAUACUGGAACGACCCUAACAUUUGAUACUGAACUUACAGUGCAAACUGUGGCUGACCUUAAGCAUGCCAUUUAUAGCAAAUACAAAAUUGCUAUUCAACACCAGGUGCUGGUGGUCAACGGAGGAGAGUGCAUGGCCGCUGAACGAAGAGUGUGCACCUACAGUGCGGGGACGGACACGAAUCCAAUUUUUCUCUUUAACAAAGAAAUGAUCUUAUGCGAUCGUCCACCUACUAUUCCUAAAACAACCUUUUCAACAGAAAAUGACAUGGAAAUAAAAGUUGAAGAGUCUCUUAUGAUGCCUGCAGUUUUUCACACAGUUGCUUCCAGAACACAGCUUGCAGUGGAAAUGUAUGAAGUUGCCAAGAAACUUUGCUCUUUUUGUGAAGGUCUGGUCCAUGAUGAACAUCUUCAGCAUCAAGGCUGGGCUGCCAUCAUGGCCAAUCUGGAGGAUUGUUCAAAUUCAUACCAAAAGCUACUUUUCAAAUUUGAAAAUAUUUAUUCAAGUUAUCUGCAAUCCAUAGAAGACAUCAAGUUAAAACUUACCCAUUUAGGAACUGCAGUUUCAGUCAUGGCCAAGAUCCCACUGCUGGAGUGCCUGACCAGGCAUAGUUACAGGGAAUGUUUGGGAAGACUGCAUUCCUUACCCGAACAGGAAAGCUCAGAAAAAGCUGAGUUGAAAACCUCCACUGAACUGGUGCUCUCUCCUGAUAUGCCUAGAACAACGAACAAAUCCUUGUUGACCUCAUUUCACAAGUCAAUGGAACACGUAGCCCAGGAUACAACAGAUGCUGAAUGUGGGAAAGAAAUUCAGGAAUCUUGCCAGACUGUUCUCCAGAAGGACGAAAACGUCCUGGAUACUAAAGAGGGGGAUCUGCCUUUUUUUAAUGUUUCUUUGUUAGACUGGAUAAAUGUACAAGAUAGACCCAAUGAUGUGGAGUCUUUGGUCAGGAAGUGUUUUGAUUCUAUGAGCAGGCUCGAUCCGAGGAUUAUUCGACCAUUUAUAGCAGAGUGCCGUCAAACUAUUGCCAAACUUGAUAAUCAGAAUAUGAAAGCUAUCAAAGGGCUUGAGGAUCGCCUGUAUGCCCUGGAUCAGAUGAUCGCUAGCUGCAGCCGCCUGGUGAAUGAACAGAAAGAACUUGCUCAGGGAUUUUUAGCUAAUCAAAUGAGAGCUGAAAACUUGAAAGAUGCAUCUGUGUUACCGGAUUUGUGCCUGAGUCAUGCAAAUCAGUUGAUGAUUAUGUUACAGAAUCAUAGAAAACUCUUGGAUAUUAAACAGAAGUGUACCACUGCCAAACAAGAACUAGCUAAUAAUCUGCAUGUCAGAUUGAAGUGGUGUUGCUUUGUAAUGCUUCACGCUGAUCAGGAUGGAGAAAAACUGCAGGCUUUGCUUCGCCUAGUCAUAGAGCUGCUGGAAAGAGUCAGAAUUGUUGAAGCUUUAAGUACAGUUCCUCAAAUGUACUGUUUAGCUGUUGUUGAGGUUGUAAGGAGAAAAAUGUUCAUAAAACACUACAGGGAGUGGGCUGGUGCUUUAGUCAAGGAUGGAAAGCGAUUAUAUGAAGCCGAAAAGUCAAAAAGGGAAUCUUUUGGAAAAUUAUUUAGGAAAUCUUUCUUAAGAAAUCGUUUGUUUAGGGGAUUGGACUCCUGGCCUUCAUCCUUUUGUACUCAGAAGCCCCGAAAGUUUGACUGUGAACUUCCAGAUAUUUCAUUAAAAGAUUUACAGUUCCUGCAAUCAUUUUGUCCUUCAGAAGUUCAGCCAUUCCUCAGGGUCCCUUUACUUUGUGACUUUGAACCUCUACACCAGCAUGUUCUUGCUCUACAUAAUUUGGUAAAAGCAGCACAAAGUUUGGAUGAAAUGUCACAGACCAUUACAGAUCUACUGAGUGAACAAAAGGCAUCCACGAGUCAAACUUCCCCACAUUCGGCUUCCUCUCCCCGGAUAGAAAAUGCGACAGGAAUUACAACUGCUACCUCACCAAAAUCUCCUCCUCCACUCACUGUUCAGGAUCCUCUGUGUUCUACAGUAUGUCCCUUAGAAGAAUUAUCUCCAGAUAGCAUCGAUGCACAUACAUUUGAUUUUGAAACUAUCCCCCACCCAAACAUAGAGCAGACAAUUCGCCAAGCUUCAUUAGACUUGGAUUCAUUAGCAGAGAGCCCCGAAUCUGAUUUUAUGUCUGCAGUGAAUGAGUUUGUAAUAGAAGAAAAUUUGUCAUCUCCUAACCCUAUAAGUGAUCCACAAAGUCCAGAAAUGAUGGUAGAAUCACUUUAUUCAUCAGUUAUCAAUGCAAUAGACAGUAGACGUAUGCAGGAUACAAAUGUGUGUGGCAACGAGUCGUCGGGAGACCAUUCUUCUCUAAAUAUUCAGUUAGAAAAGUGUAGAGUGGUUGCCCAAGACUCUCACUUCAGCAUAAAAACUAUUAAGGAAGACCUUUGUCACUUCAGAACAUUUGUGCAAAAGGAACAGUGUGACUUUUCAAACUCUUUAAAAUGCACAGCAGUUGAAAUCAGGAACAUUAUUGAAAAAGUAAAAUGCUCUCUGGAAGUAACACUAAAUGAAAAACAUCAAAAAGAACUGCAGUCGGUAAAGAGUGAAUAUGAAGAUAAACUUGAGACACUAGUAAAGGAGAGCGAAGAAAAUGAAAACAAAAUAAAAAAAUUAAAAGGAGAAUUAGUAUGCCUGGAGGAGGUUUUACAAAAUAAAGAUAAUGAGUUUUCUUUGAUUAAACAUGAAAAGGAAGCUGUCAUCUACUUACAGAAUGAAAAGGAACAGAAGUUGUUAGAAAUGGAAAAUAUAAUGCAUACCCAAAAUUGUAAAAUUAAUGAACUGAAACAGUCACGAGAGUUGGUUUUAGAAGACUUAAAGAAAGCUCAUGUUGAAAAUGACGAGAAGAUUCAGCUGUUGAGGGCUGAGUUUCAGAGCUUAGAGCAGAGUCAUCUAAAGGAAUUAGAGGACACGCUGCAUGUCAGGCACACUCAGGAGUUUGAAAAGGUGAUUACCGACCACAAAGUUUCUUUGGAGGAAUUGAAGAAGGAAAAUAAACAAAGAAUUGAUCAGAUACAGGAGUCUCAUGCCACCAUCAUUCAGGAAAAAGAACAACAGCUCCAGGAAUUAAAGCUGAAGGUGUCGGAUUUGUCAGAUAUGAGAUGCAAAUUAGAGGUUGAACUUGCAUUAAAGGAAGCAGAAGCUGAUGAAAUUAAAAUCCUACUGGAAGAAAACAAAGCACAACAGAAGGAGACCUUAAAGUCUCUCCUUGUACAAGAGACAGAAAAUUUGAGAACAGAAAUAAGUAAACUCAAUCAGAAGAUAGAGGACAAUAAUGAGAAUUAUCAGGUGGGUUUGGAAGAGUUAAGAACUUUGAUGACAAUUGAAAAAGAUCAUUGCAUUUCAGAGUUGAUUAAUAGACACGAAGAAGAAUCUAAUAUGCUCAAAGCUGAAUUAAGUAAAGUAACAUCUCUGCACCACCAAGCAUUUGAAAUAGAAAAGAAAUUGAAAGAAGAAAUAAUGGAACUGCAGAGAAAAUUGGACUCAGAAUUGAAGGCUCUUGAAAAACAGAAAGACGAAAAAAUGGUUCAGCAAGAAGAGAAGUAUGAAGCUAUCAUCCGAAAACUUGAGAAGGACAAAGAGGGAUUUGUCGUGAGCCAGGAGCAAGACCGAGAACAGUUAAUUCAGAAGCUUACUUGUGAAAAAGAAGCAGCCAUUCAGGCUGCCCUAAAAGAAUUUAAGUUGGAGAGAGAGGCUGUUGAGAAAGAACUAGUAGCAAAAGUUAAGCACCUUGAGACUCAAAUAGCAAAAAGUCCUGCGAUUGAGUCUGCCGGAGAAGAUUCUUCAAGCUUAGUAGCUGAACUACAAGAAAAGCUUCAGGAAGAAAAGGCUAAGUUUUUAGAACAGCUUGAAGAGCAGGAGAAAAGAAAGAAUGAGGAAAUGCAAAAUGUCCGGACAUCUUUGAUUGCAGAACAGCAGACCAAUUUUAACACUGUUUUAACAAGAGAAAAAAUGAGAAAAGAAAACAUAAUUAAUGAUCUUAGUGAUAAAUUGAAAAGCACAAUGCAGCAGCAAGAGCGAGAUAAAGAUUUGAUAGAGUCGCUGUCGGAGGACCGAGCUCGUUUACUUGAGGAAAAGAAAAAGCUUGAAGAAGAAGUCAGUAAGCUGCGCAGUAGCAGUUUGGUUCCUCCGUCAUAUGGAGCAACAGCCCCUGAACUAUGUGGAGCUUGUGCACCUGAACUUCCCUGUGAAGCUGAGAGAUUAGCCACGGAGGUCGCAGAUGAAGGAAGGAUCGAUUCAGCGAUGGAGACGAGCAUGAUGUCUGUGCAGGAAAAUAUUCAUAUGCUCUCUGAAGAAAAACAGAGAAUAAUGCUGUUAGAACGAACUUUACAGUUGAAAGAAGAAGAAAACAAGCGGUUAAAUCAAAGACUGAUGUCUCAGAGCAUGUCUUCAGUAUCUUCAAGGCAUUCUGAAAAGAUAGCUAUUAGAGAUUUUCAGGUGGGAGAUUUAGUGCUCAUCAUCCUAGACGAACGCCAUGACAAUUACGUAUUAUUUACUGUCAGUCCGACCCUGUACUUCCUCCAUUCAGAGUCUCUGCCUGCCCUGGAUCUUAAACCAGGUGAGGGUGCUUCAGGUGCAACGAGAAGACCCUGGGUGCUUGGGAAAGUAAUGGAAAAGGAAUAUUGUCAAGCCAAAAAGGCACAAAACAGAUUUAAAGUUCCUUUGGGGACAAAGUUUUACAGAGUAAAAGCUGUGUCGUGGAAUAAGAAAGUAUAACUUAUGAGGGAGAAAAAUCAAUAUGUUCUGUGACAUUUUUCUGAUUUGUUCUUUAGUGCUUAUUCAUCACUCCAAAAAUAGCAGUCCAUCUUUUUAUACAAAAGUCAACAAUAUACUUCAUUGGUAUAAUAUCAUUUACUUUUUAACUGGCUACAUUUUAGGAAAAAUAAAUUUGUCAAAGCCCAUGACUGAAUUAAAAUGGUUUCGGUUUCGAUUUUGUCUUUUUUACCCAAAUAACUAGCCAUGCGGACCAAACUAGUUCAUUUUCUCAAAGGGCAUACCCUGUGCAUUGAGGCUUAGAAUUAGCCAUAUUAGUUGCCUGUUACAUAAACACAUUAGCUUGAACUUAGGUAUUAAUGUUAGUUAUUACCAGCAUUUGUCCUUUUGUGAAAUCAGUAUCAGAAAACUUGCACUCUUUAACACAUUCUUUAUAAGAUGUGUCAAUUCUUCAAAACUACUUAAAGGAGGAGUGUUAUUGCAUGCAGAUAAUCAUAAUUUUGAGUUUGCCUCUGUAGAUUACUAAAGCAAAUGGUUUUAUUUUUUUAAAUGCCCUUUGAUGUUUGAGAUCAUAAAGAAACUCAAAUUUGGCUUGGCUGCUUUUAAAAUCAGCCAUAAGAAGCAAUCUUUAAAAGCACUUUUCGAUGGAUUGGUCACGAGUUUUAAAGGGAAAAGUCUGCUUUUGAGUUUCAAAUGCAGCACUCAUACUUUCCCAACAUCUUCGUUAUUUUGUUUAGAAUAUAAUCAUAUUGGUGGAGUUGUAAUUCAUGGUUAAGUUUCCAGAAAAAAAAUUCAUUGUACAUUAACCAUUUAGAGAUCACUUAACAAAAUAUUGUAUUGUAAAAGACAUGUAGAAUUUUAAAACAAUAAAGAUUUGAACCUGUAAAUGUGUGUGCCUUUUAAGGGAGGAUGCAUUUUUAAUAUAUUUGAGUGAUUGGUGGGAAGUGUGACAUUUGUAUCAUAUGAAAAGAGAACAUGUUUAUUAUAAAAAUGUACUUUACAUACUAUGUAACAGGGUGAAACAGUAUUAUGUAGACAAGUAUUGUGUAAAUUAGAUCUUUUAGACAAGUUGCCAUUGAGCGGAGGUGUUUAAAUGAGUUCAGCUGGUUAAGAUUUGUUUCAGAUUUGUUGCUAGAGAACAGUAAUAAAAUGAUUCUUUUUCAAAAAUAUAAAAAUACGUUAACUAUUUUUAAGUUGUGUAUCUAGUACAGAAAAUGGAAAAAGGAUCAAUGGUGUAUAGAAAACAGAAUUUGACAACAUAUUAAUGAAUAAAUGAAGAAAUGAUAUGUUUAUAUUCAAUCCUUCAGUGACAUCUUUAUGCAAAAUAUAAAAGCAAUAAAUUACUUUUUUAUGGA